CUUCCGUACGAGCUGGGGGCCAGCGGGGGCUGCGGGCGGGCGCCCCCCCAAUGGAUUCCCUCCUCUUCCUCUGUGCCCGCCGCGUCGUCGCCCACCGCCCUCUUCCCGCCCUUCCCGCCGAUCUCCACCCCGUCCUGUUCCAAGCGGCGUUCCUGGACGGGCGGCCCAUGGUGCUGUGCGACCUGGUGGCCGCGUGGCCGUUCCCGGUGCUCAACUUCCAGCAGCUGGUGGGGCGCCGGGAGCUGCUGCGGGACCAUCCCUGCACGCUCUGCGUCCAGGCCGUCAUCCUGGCCGUGGUGGACCAGCUGCGGCGGCAGCUGGAGGAGCCCGGCCACGACGCCAGCCUGCGCGUUCUGGACAUCACCGGCCUCCCGGAUUCGGCGUCCGGCCGCGCUCUGGCCUGGAUGAGCGGGUGGUCGGGCACGGUGACUUUGGCCAAGGCUUGCGUGGAGGUGUCCAAGCACCAGCGGGAAUUCCAGCGGCGCGGAUCCAGGCGGCACAAAGGCCGCUCGGGCGCCGCCACGGCCGCGGCCGCUCCGCAGCCCCCGGGCGUCGACGUCCACGCCGACCUGUUCGUCAACGAGGCGUCCUACGGGAUCCUGCGCGACGCGCUGCAGCCCGGGGCCGCCGGCCUGCUGCGCCUCAAGUGCCGCGAGCUCCGAGCCGAGCAGCUCUCGGCGUCGGCCAUCGUGGCCUUGCUGCGCUCCCUGGACCCGUCCUUCCUGCGCAGGGUGGAUGUGAGGUUCAACAAUCUGGGAUUGAGCGGGCUCUCGGUGAUCCUGCCGCACCUCGCGCGCUUCCCGGAGCUGCGCAGCCUCAAGCUCCAGUACAGCAACGUGGACGUGCGGCGCCCCACGCCCGAAUCCGCCAUCGGCAUCCGGUGCCUGGCCGGGCAGCUGGGAAUGCUGCCCAGCCUGCGCGAGCUCAACCUGGGAUCCUCCCGGCUCUCCGGGAACCUGCGCCAGAUCCUCUGCGACCUCCAGGCGCCGCUGGAAAGCUUGGAAUUGGCCUUCUGCUCCCUCGUUCCCGCCGACCUCGCCUUCCUCUCCCAGAGCUUCCACGCGCCGGCCCUCAAGCGCCUGGACCUGAGCGGCCACGACUUCUCCCAGGGCCUGCUGGAGCCGCUGCGGCUGCUCCUGGAGGAGACCUCGGCCUCGCUGCUGCACCUGGAUCUCAUGGAAUGCCGCAUGGCCGACUCCCACCUGGACGCGCUGCUGCCGACGCUGCGCCGCUGCUCCCGCCUGCGCUUCCUGGGACUCUACGGCAACUCCCUGUCCACGGCGGCGCUCAAGGAUCUGCUCCACAAAACCCUGGAGCUGCCCGAGCUGCGCCUGGUGGUCUAUCCCUUCCCCGUGGAUUGCUACAAGCCGGAGCCGCCGGGCUCCGAUGGAGAUUUGGGGGAUGAGGUGGAUGAGGAGCUGCUGGCGGAGGUGCAGGUGGAGUUCAUGCGGGUGUUGCAGAGCUCCGGGCGGAGCGACCUCGUGUGGAGCUCCAACCCCCGCGGGCACGGAGGGCUCGACUUCUUCUCGUUGUGAUGGGGGGGAAAAGGUGCUGCGCCCCAAAAUGCAAAUCCUGCAUCCCAAAAUUCCCAAAUCCUUCAUCCCAAACUCCAAACCCUUCAUCCCAAAAUCCAAAUCCUUCACCCCAAAAUCCAAAUCCUUCGCCCCAAAAUCCAAAUCCUGCACCCACAAAAUUCAUCCCAAAAUCCAAAUCCUUCGCCCCAAAAUCCAAAUCCUUCACCCCAAAUUCCAUCCCAAAACCCAAAUCCUUCACCCCAAAAUCCAAACCCUUCAUCCCAAAGUUCCCAAAUCAUUCACCCCAAAAUUGAAAUCCUUCAUCCCAAAAUUCCCAAAUCCUUCACCCCAAAAUUCAUCCCAAAAUCCAAAUCCUUCACCCCAAAAUCCAAAUCCUUCACCCCAAAAUCCAAAUCCUUCACCCACAAAAUCCAAAUCCUUCACCCCAAAAUCCAAACCCUUCAUCCCAAAAUUCCCAAAUCCUUCACCCCAAAAUCCAAAUCCUGCACCCACAAAAUUCAUCCCAAAAUCCAAAUCCUUCACCCCAAAUUCCAGAUCCGUCACCCCAAACUCAAAAUCCUGCAUCCCAAAGCCCAAAUCCUUCACCCCAAAAUCCAAAUCCUUCACCCCAAAUUUCAUCCCAAAAUCCAAAUCCUUCAUCCCAAAUUUCAAAUCCUUCACCCCAAAAUCCAAAUCCUUCACCCCAAAAUUCAUCCCAAAAUCCAAAUUCUUCAUCCCAAAUUUCAAAUUCUUCACCCCAAAAUCCAAAUCCUUCAUC